UCUGGAAGCUCGGGUCAGGAUUUCUCGAAGGCUCGGUAAGACUACAAAAGCUUCAGCCACCGUGUCUCUCCGGUGGAAACGAUACUAGCCAGGCUGUGUCCGACUUCACAACGACCUCCACGCUUCUCACGCUGGGAUUUUCGAUUCACUGAGGACCAAGAUGCCUGAAUCACAUGACCAACCAAUGGAGGAGGAGGCUGAGACCUUUGCAUUCCAGGCUGAGAUUGCUCAGCUUAUGUCCCUGAUCAUCAACACUUUCUAUUCCAACAAAGAGAUCUUCCUUAGAGAGCUUAUCUCCAACUCCUCAGAUGCACUGGACAAAAUCCGCUAUGAGAGCCUCACUGACCCCUCCAAGCUGGACAAUGGCAAGGACCUCAAAAUUGAAAUCAUUCCCAACAAAGAGGAACGCACUCUUACCUUGAUCGACACGGGUAUCGGCAUGACUAAGGCCGAUCUGAUCAACAACCUGGGUACAAUCGCCAAGUCCGGCACCAAGGCUUUCAUGGAGGCUCUGCAGGCUGGAGCCGACAUCUCCAUGAUUGGUCAGUUCGGUGUGGGUUUCUACUCCGCCUACCUGGUGGCUGAGAAGGUGACCGUUGUCACCAAGCACAAUGAUGACGAGCAGUACGCCUGGGAAUCCUCUGCUGGAGGCUCAUUCACAGUCAAAGUAGACAACUCUGAACCAAUGGGGCGUGGAACUAAGGUGAUCCUUCACCUGAAAGAAGACCAGACAGAAUACCUUGAGGAGCGAAGGGUCAAAGAGAUUGUGAAGAAGCACUCACAGUUCAUUGGCUACCCCAUCACACUCUUUGUGGAGAAAGAGCGUGACAAGGAGGUGAGUGAUGAUGAGGCAGAGGAGGAGGAGAAGGAAAAAGACAAGGACGAAGAAGAGGAGAAGGAUGAGGACAAGCCCGAGAUUGAGGAUGUUGGUUCAGACGAGGAGCAUGACCAUGACAAGUCAGACAAAAAGAAGAAGAAGAAGAAGAUCAAGGAGAAGUACAUCGAUCAGGAGGAGCUGAACAAAACCAAACCCCUGUGGACCCGUAACCCAGACGACAUCACUAAUGAGGAGUAUGGAGAGUUCUACAAGAGCCUCACCAAUGACUGGGAGGACCACCUGGCUGUCAAGCACUUUUCGGUAGAAGGUCAGCUGGAAUUCCGUGCCCUCCUCUUUGUGCCUCGUCGUGCCCCCUUCGACCUCUUUGAGAACAAGAAGAAGAAGAACAACAUUAAGCUAUAUGUACGCAGGGUCUUUAUCAUGGACAACUGUGAUGAGCUCAUCCCUGAAUAUCUCAAUUUCAUCAAGGGUGUGGUGGACUCUGAGGAUCUACCCCUGAACAUCUCCAGAGAGAUGCUGCAGCAAAGCAAGAUCCUGAAGGUCAUUCGCAAAAACUUGGUCAAGAAGUGCCUGGAACUUUUCACAGAGCUGUCCGAGGACAAGGACAACUACAAGAAGUACUACGAGCAGUUCUCCAAGAACAUCAAGCUUGGUAUCCAUGAGGACUCCCAGAACAGAAAGAAGCUGUCUGAGCUGCUGCGAUAUUACACCUCAGCCUCUGGAGAUGAGAUGGUUUCCCUGAAGGACUACGUCACACGUAUGAAGGACAACCAGAAGCACAUCUACUACAUCACUGGUGAAACUAAAGACCAGGUGGCCAACUCUGCCUUCGUGGAGCGCCUUCGCAAAGCCGGCCUCGAGGUCAUCUACAUGAUCGAGCCCAUUGAUGAGUACUGUGUGCAGCAGCUGAAGGAGUUUGAGGGCAAGAACCUGGUGUCAGUUACCAAGGAAGGCCUGGAGCUGCCUGAGGAUGAGGAGGAGAAGAAGAAGCAGGAGGAGAAGAAGGCUCAGUUUGAGAACCUCUGCAAGAUCAUGAAGGAUAUUUUGGAGAAGAAAGUGGAGAAGGUCACUGUAUCAAACCGUCUAGUCUCUUCCCCUUGCUGCAUUGUCACCAGCACUUAUGGUUGGACGGCCAACAUGGAGAGGAUCAUGAAGGCCCAGGCUCUGAGGGACAACUCCACUAUGGGAUAUAUGGCUGCUAAAAAACACCUUGAGAUCAACCCUGACCAUCCCAUCGUGGAGACUCUGAGGCAGAAGGCUGAGGCAGACAAGAACGACAAAUCUGUGAAGGAUCUGGUCAUCCUCCUCUUUGAGACUGCCCUGCUGUCCUCAGGAUUUACUCUGGACGAUCCGCAGACCCACUCUAACCGCAUCUACAGAAUGAUCAAACUGGGUCUUGGUAUCGAUGAAGAUGAUCUGACAUCAGAUGAAACCACCUCAGCUCCCACUGAGGACAUGCCUCCUCUGGAAGGGGACGAUGACGACACAUCCAGGAUGGAAGAGGUGGACUAAACCUGCUUCUACCUCCUGCUGGUGUUCAGACGUAGAGUUAUAUACAAUUUCAAGUUAAAUGUUGUAAAUGAGCCUGGAACACCCUCCUCCCUUCCCCCGUUUAAAAAUCCUUUUUGACCGAUGCCACUUUAUUUGAAGUUGCACUGACCACAUGCAGGUCAGAUUCAUUCCUUCUAGGACUUUAUUUUUCAAGUUGUUGCAUUUUGUAUCUUGUGUUAUAUCGAUGCAUUUGUUUUUGUAUUUAUUGACAUUCCAAAGGUCUGGUCAUCCUUCAAAGUUGUGUGUGUUCUUACUUUAACUGUAAAUAAUAUCAUAAUUGAUACUGUAAUUUCCAACAAUGGGAUCCAUAAAAUAAAGGUUUACCAUGUUAACAAGUAA